ACACUCGUCUGCAAGUGACCGACUGUCUUGUAAACUUGCUCAAUCAAGCUUACUUUUGUAAAACAGAAAAAUGAAUAGAGAAUCUUCAGAGCUUAUGGAUUUAAACAGAAAACUACUUCAUUUAAGUAGUCAAUGGCAGGAAAAUAUUACUGAGCUUAACCGUCUUCAAGAAAAGGCUGUCGAGUUGCAGGAGGCAUUUGUAACAUACACUCCAAAUGAGGAGCGGAUUCGAUUUCGGGAUUUACAAAGGGAAAAUCAGGUGCUUUCGCAGCUGGUCAAGCAAUACGAAUCCACGUUGGAAAUCAUCAUGUCCAAGUUUCGGAGUCAAACUCAUCUUAUACAACAAGAACGCCAGGAACUGCGCGAUAAUACAGACAGAAUUUUGGAUCAAGAGCGGACGGAAAAUGAACUGCUUCGAGAAGAGAAUACUCGACUGACAGAGCAUUUGGGAAAAUGUAUCCAAGUCAUGAGAGAGGCGUCGUCUGCAAACGACGAGGCAGAUGUGGCCAUGCUUGUUGCUGGACUUGCUAAAGAAAACGAAACUCUGCGAGCAAUGUUAAUUGCGUCUUUACCAAAUCAUCCUUCACAUACUACACAGCCAUUGAAAUCUACAUUAAUAGAUGAAAGUGGCAUAAUGCCUCUGCCAUUACGCGCUAAUGAAGCGACACUAUCCAAUUGA